GUUGACAUCGUGGACAUCUAUGAGUCUAUCCGUGAAAGGCAGCGCCAUGACAGCGAAAGGUCUACCUGCAGCACCUUGGAGCAGAACGACAUCGAAGCUGUUGAAGCGCUUGUUUGUAUGAGCUCCUGGGGUCAAAGAUCCCAGAAAGGUGACAUAUUAAAGAUAAGGCCGCUUACGCCUUUCUCGGAUUCUGGUGAUUUCACAAUGCACACCGAGGCGACAUCUGACUUACCGAAGGACUAUUUAUCUACACUGUGCAUGACCCCUCCGCACAGCCCUGACUUUGUUGAGGUAUCGGCUGCUACUCUCCUCUCCUCGCAAGUCACUUAUUCCAAACCAAGGACUGUCAUGGCAAAUACAGCUGUCUGUUCAGUCACUUCAGUGACUGGUGCCUCUCCCAUAACCAAGCCAUCUGUUACCAACAUGUCUCCAUGCAGCCAGAAGCCAGUGAUAGCUGAAUCCUUUGCCCCUCAGCCUUGCAGGGCCAUGGCAACAAGUGUCAUACGUCACACAGGAGAUAGCUCUUCUGCUGUGCAAGGGAAAACAAAGGUGACUUCAGGCUACAGUGCUUCCAGAGACUGGUGUGGAGUGGAUGACCGAAGACAUUCCAGACUGCCCCAGGAGCCAUGUGCUGCUGAUGAUUUAAUUAACAAAACCUCUCCAGUACAUCAGCCUUAUGCACAGGACUCUGGUGAUACUGUGACCAAUAAAGGACAACUAGUGGUCCGGCCUCUUUCACCGCAGACCCAUUUACCAGAGAACUGUGAGAAUGACUUGCAAAAAAGAGCUACGCCAGUGACACCCGCCCCUGUUUCAAGCCCCCAGGUUCUCUGCCAAAUGAUCCCUUUAAAUGGACAAAGCGGUAUGAUCAAUGCCUAUGUCAAACCUCCAACUCCAACAGUCUCAACUCCCAUGAAACCUAUUUUACCACAGACAGCCCCGCUCUCUCAGCCUGUACUCAUGGGACCUUCUGUGCCUCAGGGGACUGUCAUGUUGGUUCUCCCACAGACUGCUGUCACACCUACGCCGCCGUGCCCGCAAACAGUAAUGACUGUUGGCAACACCAAGUUACUGCCCCUUGCCCCUGCUCCCGUGUUCAUCGCUUCUGGCCAAAGCUGUGCUCCCCAGGUGGACUUUUCUAGACGGAGGAAUUAUGUUUGCAACUUCCCUGGGUGCAAGAAAACCUAUUUCAAAAGCUCCCACCUCAAAGCCCACCUUCGCACCCACACUGGAGAAAAGCCUUUCAACUGCAACUGGGAAGGCUGUGACAAGAAGUUUGCCCGCUCAGACGAACUGUCACGCCACCGCAGAACGCACACGGGAGAGAAGAAGUUUGCUUGUCCGGUGUGUGAGCGUCGCUUCAUGCGCAGCGAUCACUUGACAAAGCACACCCGCCGCCAUAUGACCACAAAGAAGAUUCCCAGCUGGCAGACAGAGGUUGGCAAACUCAGCAGGAUUGCCACAGCAGAGAAACCGAAGAGCAGCAGUGCUCUGAGUAUGCUCAUCCCCUUGCCAUCAUCUGUCUGUCAGGGCUAGUGUGAGGGAGCACCUUCUCUAAACUGUCUGGCGAUCAGGAAGAGCUCUGAUGGAUAGAGCAGAACUGACAAUG